UCCUCUCCCCCUCGCCCUCCCUUUCUCCAUCAUCACCACCUCUCCUAGCGAAUCUCCCUUCCUUCUCGCCGGCGUUGAGCUGCUGAAACCAUAAAUAUGUUCAAAUUCUCUUAUGCUACCCCUUCUUCCACUUCGCUCCCUUUCAUUGACUUCGAAGUUUGCUCCGGCGAUCUCCAACAUAUGAACGCUUCCCUAUGCUCCGGCGCGACCUCCGGCAUGAAGGUCGAGCGCUACAGCGCCAAAGAUCGGCGGGAGAGGAUUGAGAGGUACCGGAACAAGAGAAACCAGAGGAACUUCCGCAAGAAGAUAACUUACGCUUGCAGGAAAGCAUUAGCUGAUAGCCGGCCGAGAGUGAGGGGGAGGUUUGCGAGGAACGAUGAUGCAGAGCUAGAAACAGAGUCGUCGGAGAAGGGCAGAACUUGUGGUGAUUGGCGGAGAAAAAUGAAGGCGGUGCUGAUGGCCGCCGGCGAGGAAGAUGAUGAUGAUGAAGAUCUCUUGGUGGGCUUGGAAAACGCCUUAUUUAUGAACCUGAACUGCGCUGCUCUUUCUUGAGCUAAUAUGAAGUUGGUUGUUUUUACAAUA